UAAUCCUUUUAUGUAUUAGAAAUAAAAUUGAGAAAUAGCGAUAUGUAAUGUUCAUAACAAACUCACGUUUCGCUGCAUAGAAAGUGGCGUCUACAAUUUCCUUGACGAAAUAGAGUCCACCAUACAUGAACAAUGAGCAAUACUUGUUCACAAUCUUCAACCAAACAAACCACAAUCAACAACAAACCCUCUUUCAUGCCAGCGAAGGAUGACACCAAACCCGUGCUUCAAGAUCCAAUUUUGAGGUCUGAUCCAAUUGAAACAGAGGAAGCUGUGCUGCUAUUACCUCCAUUCUCAAUUCCCAAAUCAAAUCAACUUCCUCAUCUCAAAUGACCUAAUUGUAUGUUUUUAAUUUUGAAACUUUUAAUCACUGGACGACCAAAUUAAAUAUUGGGAUUUUGAUUUUUUAGGGUUUUAGCUCACUGGGUGAGUUUCCCUCAGAAACCCAUCUCUUAAAGAUGGCAUUUUUAUUGUUCUGUACUAAUUGUAUUUUUUUAAACUGAAUUUCAGUUCUGUUAGUUGUUAACAUAGUUGGCAUAAAUGGGAGCUAUAGCGCCAUACCACAGCAGAAUUUGAACAAAUUUAUAUUGCUCCGCUGUAAGCUGUUUAGUACAAAAUGUUGUCAAAUAGAAGCUAUGGCAUUGCUAUAGUACUUUGGCGUAGCGGAAUCUGAAUCGGUUUCUAUUUUCUGUGAUCCACUAUUCACAACACUGGAGUGUAUUAAGUCUAACCCGACCAAUUCUGGAUUAGGUAAUGUUCAUUUUGAUGGGAGGUUGUUACUGGGGUGGAUGAGGAUGAUCUCUUAUAAUGCAGGAAACAAUUGCAUGAUUUGUUUGUUUUCUUGGUUAAAUUGCAUUAGGUAGUUAGUUUGUGGUAGUAGAUCGUAUGACAUGGUGUUUCCUGUUGUGAAGUUCAGGAUGGUUGAAACCGAGAUGAACAACUCUUUAGCUUCUGUUUUAGUAGUUGUGUGAAAUAGUAGAUAAGAUUUUGUGGCUCUAAUCCAUUGUUACGUAUUGUGA